AUGUCGUUACUUUAAAAGUUUACAAAGUUAUUCAAGUCUAAAGAUGAAAUGUAAGAAUCAUUGGGUAUUUUAUUGAAACCUAAGUCUCAAAAGGAUUUUGAUGUAGCAUGUGAAUAUUUUGGUUCUUUAAUGAAGAGAUAUCCAGCAGUAGUAUUCAAUCUUUUAAGAUCAAAAGAAAAUGUUGAAAAUUUCUAACCUAAAGCUGAACAUCUCUUAAAUUUAUUAUUUGUAAUACAUGCAAAUAUAUCUGAUGAUACAAUUUGUGCUUAAUUAAGGGGAUCUCCAAUUUAUUGGUUAGAUAAAUUAAUGUCUGAAAAUAAGGAGAGUUUCAUUCUUAUUGAAAGGAUGAUAUGUGAAGCUAGUACAUCUAGUUUCUUUCCAUAAUAAUCUCCUUUAACUUAACAAUCUUAAUUUUAAGGAAAGAAUGAUUAAGUAAAAGAGAAAAGAAAAACAAGAAUAGAAAUGAAUGAAUAACUUAAGAAUCCUAUUUAAAAAACAGAAACUUAAUUGAUUACAUGUUAAUUAAAGGCUAAAAUCUUUUGUAUCAUUUAUUACUCAUUCUUAUAAAAAUUAUCAGUUAAUUUAUUGGUUUAUAAAUCUUGUAAGGAUUUGAAAUAUCCAUUUGAAGAACCAGAAGAUGUAAAAUUAAGAUAUAUAUGGAUAUAUAAAAUUUAAAAUGUAAUGUUAAUGGGUUUAAAAUUGUUGGAAUGCAAGAAUAAUAAAUAUAAAAUAUAUUAAGAUUUAGUAUAUUAGGAUUUAUUUAGAUUUCAGGUAUUUGUAAGAUAAGAAAUUGAAUAAUUGAUAGAUCAAUAUGCUACAAUACCAAAUUUAGAUUGUUUAUCAUUAUAUGAGAUUUUUUCAGAAUUUCAAAGAGCAAGGACAAUUCUAGAAAACUAUAAUCAAGAUAUUGAUCUUAAAUUAAGAGUCAGUACAAGAUAGAUUGAAGAAUUUUUGAGUUUCUCAGUUAGAAUUAAAGUAUUGAAUUAAUUUGCAUUCAAAAAAAGCCUAAAGGUUCCAAAUCGAUAAUAACCAAAUAUUUCUAUUGUUUAAUAAUCAUAGUCUGAUCGUAAAGUAUUUAAUAUUAUAAUAAAUCUCUUUUUAGCAUCAUAAAGCUGUUAGUGAUAUAAAUAAGGAAAAUCUUUAACCUCUUAAUUAAUAAGAUUUUUAAUUUGAAUACACUUAUGAAAGAGGAGUAAUGGAGAAGAAAUUUUAUAAUCAAUCUACUGAAAAUAGUAUGGAUGAUAUUGAAGAGAAUAUCUAAUUUGAUAUAGUUUAACAUAGACCUUAACAUCUUAAGGGAUUAAGCACAUUUCAAUAAUAUUGA